CUUUAUUUCAAAUAUGCAUAACAAUUGACAUAAAGGCAGUCAAUGACAAUCUUUAGUCUCAGGCUCCAAGCGGGAUGUACAGUAGCAGCAUAAUAAGAGACUAAAGUAAUUAGCAGGUCACAUUUACUGUUUGUGGAACACAUGAUUGGAUUACAGGGAUAUCAGAGAGGCAGACCUUUUUUUACAAAGAAACUGUAAAACUGCAUGUCAAAGGUACAUUGGUUUUAUUGCAGUUUGGGAUCAUACAUCUCUACUUUAGUGCCUGACCCUGGUUUAUGUUGUCUAAUGGCUCCGCCUGUUAACAGCUAGCCAGAGGAAGGAAAUGUCUCCACCAAGAUGACCAUCUCUGUCUGUGGUUUACUUUGAUAGUCAGUCGAAACUCCCCAGAAGAGAGACUAUUAUUUUCGGUCUCAAAGCCUCUCAAAUGAAAAUGCCUGUGGAAAAACUGAUGGACUUCUGAAACAAACAGCAUUUUAAGAAAUCAUUAUUGCACUUCAGAUUUCGGACAGGUGACAGAAUGAACAUCCUCCUAACCUCCUCACUGCUGGGUGUAGCUGCAGUUGUUCUCCAAGCUGCUACAGCUGCAGAGACUCUGAAGGUCAGCGUGUCUGUGUGGCCUCCGGGGUCAAACGUCUACCUGGGUGAGUGCGUGUUGCUGCAGUGCUCAGUGGAGUCAAACUCCAGCUUUGUGUGGAGCUAUGGGUGGUUAAAGCGCAGCCCACAUUCUGCUCCUCCGACCCCAAACCCCAGGCACCUGGUCUUUGGGGACAGCUACUCCAUCACCGCGGUAACGAGGGAGGACACCGGCAGCUACCAGUGCCAAGCCAGGCGAUGGGACAGCAACAGCUCCUCAGUGGAGUUCCUCAGCCAAACGGCCACACUCAGUGUGUCAGAGCUGCCUUCAGCUUCACUCCUGACCCUGACUCCCAGCACCAGACAGUUUUUCAGAGAGGAACGUUUCACUGUGCAGUGCCCUGUGUCUCAGACUAACUCCUCAGGCUGGAGGCUGAAGCACUUCCCUCCCAUCUCUGGAGUGAGGCCCAGAGUCUCCAACACUGACCCGUAUUCACCAGGGGCUGCUGUUAGUGCGGGCAGGUCUGACCGGUGUGAGUUCACUGCAGACAGCGGGAACAGUGGACUGUACUGGUGUCAGGGGGCUGAGGGCCGCAGCAACGCAGUCUACAUCACAGUGAGCUAUGGCGCCAUCAUCUUGAAGACUCCUGCCUUCCCUGUUUUUGAGGGUGAUAAAGUGGUCUUGGUUUGUCAGUACUGGGUAGGCAAUCACAGUAAAACAACCUUCUUUAAAAACGGAGCAGAAAACUUCACUUCCCCCGGUUCAGACAGAGUAAUAAAGAUGACUUUAGAGAAUGUGACACAGGAAGAUGAAGGCUUCUACAAGUGUGCGUCCCAGGACAGAAAGAUGGAGAGUCCAGAGGCUUGGUUAUCAGCAAUUUCACAUCAACAGAUGAGAGAGCCGCUUCCAAUAGUGGCUCCGGGAAAUGGGUCAUUGUUUCAUGUGGAGUUCUUCUUCUUUUCCUCAUUCCUGUAACCGUUUGGUUGCUUCAUCACUACAGGUUUUGUACCUGUAGGUGUUGGCCGUUUUCUAAAGAGCGACUACAAGCGGUGGAGCUUCCUGCAACCAAGCAGGACGUGACGGAGGUGCAGUGGGACCUGUCCUGGAUGGAGAUGUCCAAUUUGUUGGAUAAACAGUUAUUUCCUGGCACUUAAUGAAUCCCGCUUACCUGAACUUGAAGCAUAUAAAAAAAUACAAAAUUAAUUAAUCAUGGCCAUUUCUACUGAUCAUAUUUCCAUU